AUGGCGCUCGCUUUGCCGGUUGCGGGUGAUAUGCCCAAGUGGUGGCUGGAAGACCUCAAGAAGCAGCCCAAGAGUACCACCGAUGCGAUCUGUGAAGUGCGAAUUAUGGGCACUGAUGAGAUGAUGACUUUGCCUGUGAAGCAGAGUACCACAGUCUUCGAAGUGAAGUCUUUUGUUGCCAUGAAGUUGGGCAUAGAUCCUGGAAAUUUGAUCAUGGUGAUGAAGGGAGGCUGCAGCUGGCGUGUGCAAGCAGACUGUGAGGAAGUGGCGCGCAAAGUCUUUCUCAAGGGUAUAAAAUCCUUCACCCGUGCGAAGCACAAGUGGCCGAAUCCCAUAGCCAUCAUUGGAACCGGCCACGCAGGUUUGCGGCAGGCCAUGUGGUUUCUGAAGCACAAAGAGUACAAUUUCGUGGUGUACGACAGAAAGGCUCAAGUGGGCGGUACUUCCUGGCUGGAUCAGGCCAACACGACUUCGAAGCUUCAGACUGAGCUUGGAACGUACCAUUUGCAGUACGACGAGGACAACCCCGUGCCGAAGAACAUGAAUACUUGGCCCUCCACGGACGAAUUGAUAAAGCAUUUCCAGGAGGUGGCCGAGGAGUAUGGCAUCAUGCCGUACACGAAGAUGUGUACCAACGUCCAGGAGAUGGUGAUCAAAUCAGGCACCAGGCAAGAACAGGCGGCUGAGAUGUCAGCCAGUGGCCAGAACUGGUCCACGCAGACGUAUACGCUGACCUUGGAGCCUACAGACGGCACAGGUGAUGGCCGAGGUGACAACAUUGGAGCUACUGGUGAGCCUUGCUUCAAGGUAGACCACUCUGCGGUCAUCAUGUACCCGGGCAACCUGACCCUGCCGAAACACUACGAGCUCAAGGGCAAGGAGAACUUUCAAGGACCAAUUUCAUAUGCCAUCAUGAACGAUUUCGACUACAAUGAAACCACUGGGAAGAGAAUAGGCAUCUUGGGUCACGGUGCUUUUGCGGUGGAGAAUCUACGAACUUGCCUGGAGUAUUCCUCGAAGCAGGUGUACAUGAUUUGCCGGCGCAAGAACCUCUCCUGUCCCAGGGUGGUCUCGUGGUUUAUCAACCAGUCCGUCAAUCCACUCAGCGGUCCAUUGACUAUGCGGUCCUUCAUGCCUGCGUACAACCUCAUUGGCUUUGAUCCCUGGGUGCGCCAGCUGAUGCCACAGAUAUUCAAUUAUUGGACGAGGCUUGUUGCCUUGAUGGCAGACAAAACGCUAGGCGGUGUACAUGGUCGCAAUGGGAUCGGGCUGGAGAGGAUGCUGAAAAAGAACACGGGUUCUGACCAGAAGAAAACCUGGGAUGGUCAGGGGCCGCCCUCUCGCGAGGAUGGGAUUGACGAAGACUCUGAGGAUCAACUCAGAAGAUUUGGAGCAAACUUAAUACAACGAGCUGGAGUCCUGCUGAGACUUCCGCAACUUUCAGUGGCCACCGCGUCAGGUUUGUUUCAACGCUUUUACUUCCGAAAGUCCUUUGCCGAGUUCGAAGUGCGAGCACUGGCUAUGGCGUCACUGACCCUGGCCAGCAAGUUGCUCGAGCACCCUCGGAAAGUGGUGGACGUGAUCCAAGUCUUCUACAAGCUGAAGAUGAGGGAAGCCCAGGAGCAAGAUGGCUCUGCCAGCUUCGCUGGGAUGCCAACACCUUUGCUUGACCCCACCAAGAAAGAGUUUCACGACGCUAAAAAGGAGUUGCUGAGUGCGGAGCGGAACAUCCUCCGUGAGCUUGGCUUUGAGGUGCAUUUGCUCCUAGACCAUCCGCACAGGUAUGCAAUCGAGUACAUCGAGCACCUGCAAAGACCUGCGGAACUGACGCAAAAGGUGUGGAACUACUUGAACGAUGCUCUUCAAACGAGCUUGUGCUGUGCGCAUCAACCUCGGAACAUCGCGGGUGCCAGCUUGGUCUUAGCAUCCAAGGAGCUUGGGGUGAAUCUGCCGUCGAAGCCUCCUUGGUGGGAAACCUUUGGCGUCCAGAUCAAGGACGCCGAGCUGAUUGCCAACGAGAUGGAAGAGUUGUAUCAGAAGAAACGGCCUGAAUACAUCGAGAUUCCGAGGCGGAAGAGGGAAGUCUUUGAGCCCAUGACACCUUUCCCGUCUCCACCGUCUGGGCCGGGGAAGUCGCCCUCAGAGGAGGACGAUCACGUGGAUGGAGAGACAAGCCUUGCCCGGCAGGACAGCAACAUAGACCUUGAAGGCUUAGAGGAAGCCAUGGCUCAAAGUGUGGCCGCUUUGGCAAGGGCAAAAGAAGGGAGCCCCCAACGUGAGCGUCCAGGUGAAGACAAAAAGGAAAAACUGGUUGAAAACAAGCUGGCCCAGGAGCAACCACAGAAUGCACAACAUGAAAGAUCGGCAAAGGACCGCAAAAAACGAGAUCGGCAAAGCGAGGGCUCGCAAAGCCCAAAGCGGAAAAAUGCCAAAAAACCCGAGGCAGCUAAAAAAAACAGCCUCAAAGUUCAGAUCUCUCCAGCUCUUCUGCGUUUGGACCCUCAUUUGUUUUGUUGGUUCGGCAUGGCUCGGAUGGUUCCGAUGAUUUCCGAUGGUUCCGAGGUCGAGAAGAAAGAGGUGAUUUGGUGCCGUAGGGUCACCAUCACGCAGAAGUCCCGCUUCGGCAUAGGAGAUGUCUAUUUUCUGGCCGUGUCCAUGGGCAUUUGUGAAGUCAUUGAAGAUGAGAUCAAACGCGUGAGCACAUCGUCCAUCCACUUGGAGAGCGGCAGGAGAGUGGAGGUGGACGUGAUCCUGAAGCUAUAUGGCUUCAAUGGCAACUUCGACGUUGAUCGUUUGAUGAAUGUGAAGAGCAUGACUGGCUUUUGGGUUGACGAGGAUUUCCGGCGCUAUUUGAUUGCAGAACCCAUUGGGGUCAAUGCCACCAACUUCGGGGGCACGAGCUUCUCUCCUGGCGUGCGUGUUUGGGUGGACUAUGUCGCACACUUCCUUUGGUACCCCAAAGAUUGGGCAUAUUUGCGGGAUUGCGGCUUGUUGCCAAAACAUUCGGCUGAAGAGGAGAUUGACCGACCUGCGUAUGUCAUUGAUGCCCGGCAUGGGACGCAGACGAGUAUGGCGAUUGGUUCAACCACACCUGCUAUUGGCGAGAGUCAAAUGGUGCGCAGCCAAGUUGGGCACCACUCGCAGACCCCAAGCCUUGCCCCAGAACUUGGGCUUUGUCAAGCGGCAAAAACAGCUUGA